CCUGUUUUAAGCAUCCAUCUUAAAUGAAUGGCCGGAAAAGUCAAGAUGGUUGAUACAGGUGAUGAUGAUAAGGUGGAAAGAGGAGCAUAUAAGAUUGGUUCUCCAAUUACUCCUAUAAAGCCAUUGAAGAAGCUGCUUGUUCUUGAUCUGAAUGGGUUACUUGCUCGUACAAUUUAUAGAUUUCAGAAUCUCCCAUUCCUAAAUCAACGAAAACCUGAUGGAAUUUUCGGCAGCAAAUUAGUUUUUAAGAGGCCUUUUUGUGAUGAAUUUCUACAAUUUUGCUUCAGCAAAUUUGAGGUUGGAUUAUGGUCUACCAUAGAGAAGCACAAUGUGGAUGCUGUCAUCAAUUUCGUAAUGGGGGGUUGGAAACAUAAAUUGUUGUUUACAUGGUACCAGAGCGAUAGCAGUGAUACAGGAUUCAAGACUCUAGAGAACGAUGCCAAGCCUCUUUUCCUCAAGGAGUUGAAGAAACUGUGGGAAAAUGAGAAUGGUAGUCUUCCAUGGAGCAAAGGACAAUUUUCUUCAUCAAAUACCUUAUUGAUCGAUGAUGCUCCUUACACGGCCCUUAAAAAUCCGCCAAACACUGCGAUUUUCCCUCAUCCAUACUUGGUGGAGCACAUCCACGAUGACAGUAUAGGUCCAAAUGGAGAUCUUAGGGUUUAUUUGGAGUGCCUUUCUGUUGCUUCCAAUGUUCCGGCAUAUGUGGAAGCUCACCCUUUUGGCCAGAAAGCUAUCACAGCCACUCAUCCCAAUUGGAACUUCUACUCCAAGAUCAUCAAGAGAGAGAGAGAGAGAGAGAGAGUUGCAGAGGCGCAGAACAGAGCGAGCAAAAGAGGUCCUCCACCUCAGAUGAGAGGCAGCCCUCUGCCUCAUCCCCGCUUCGAGGCCGUCGAUCGCGAGAAGACUUGCCCUUUAUUGCUUCGAGUGUUCACUAAGAUUGGACAUCAUCAUACCAAGGAAGACUUCGCUGUGAGAGGCAAAGAACCCGAGGAUGAGGUCCAAAUCUAUACAUGGAAAGAUGCCACUCUACAUGAGCUGACUGAUCUGGUUAAGGAGGUUGCUCCUGAAGCAAGGAGAAGGGAUGCAAAACUGUCAUUUGCGUUUGUGUAUCCUGAUAAGAAUGGUCGUUAUGUGGUGAGACCGGUAGGGAUGACUCAUUCAUAUGGGAUUGGGAGGCGACCGGAUGAUGGAAAAGCAUUGGCAGAACUUGGCUUUCAGAUCGGAAAUUACUUGGAUGUGGCCAUUCUAUAGAGAGAGAGGAUGGUAGAUUGCCUUGAAAAGCGGUAUGGACAUUUUGCUCAGGAUGCUUUUAAUGACAUUGUCUUGAUGACAACAGAGACUGGUAGGACGUUGUCCUUUUGAUAUACGGUUGCUUUGAUUUGUUGAUAUCUUGUUAUCCUGUAAGGUGGGCCCAGACUCUGUUUUAGUGUCAUGUUUUGAAUUUGUGUUGCAUGUUGAAUGUGGAAAACCAUAAUUAAGCUGUAACUCCUAUCAAAACUCGUUUUGUUCUCUCUUUAA